AUGGAAGACGUAGACGACCUAUUGAUUUUAUCUCUCCAGCAGAUGUCAAUCCCAGCAUGUCAAGGCAUAAAAUCCCUUGAAAACUUGCAAAACCCUGAUGUUCUUCUUCCAGUCACUAUGGGCCUUCUAAACAUUAUAUUAGGAAAAGUUUUCACUGAAUACCCUACAACCCUUUCAUCAAAAUACAAGAUGUGCAUGCAGUUUAGCGAAAAAAUAAAAACUCUAGGGUAUACAGGAGAUCUUAAUUUUAACACUUUUCUGUAUCCAGAUAUAAAGGACAUCAGAAAAGUUGUGGGAUUCAUGAUGGAUAAAGUUCCAAAAGAAGAGGAAUUAAUGCUAUUUUAUUAUCGAAAAGUAUAUGUAAUUCCUAAGGGACCUCUUUCCAGCAUUUCACGGCAUCGCGAAGGCUAUUCCUUCUAGACAAAAGCCUAUACUCGCUACCUCAUGGCUUGAGGAGAUAGAGGGUUCGUGAAUUCACCACGCCAUUUUAAUGUCACAAAGAAGAGGCAAAGGCAGUCGCUAUUGAUGAUACUCCUCAGCAAGCAUUUCAAAGAAGGAUUAAAGAGAAGGUUUCUAACUACGUGCAUAUUUAUAAUAAUUAAUUUAAAAUUUAAUGAUUUUUUCUUAAAAAUAAAUUUUUUUUUAAAAAAAGAUAGUAAGUGGACUCAAAAGAAAUGGCAGCCUCCAUUUGAUAAAACUCAUAAGUUAACUUUUCGUGGAAUAGUCGAGCUUCAUGAUGGUGCCGAAAUUUCUGAAGAGCUAAAACCAGCAUGGGAAACCUAUAAAAACUCCAAAAUUUACUGGCAAAAAAGGCUCGCGAAAGGCAAUCCUUCAGCUCUCUAUACCACUCAAGUCUAUUUAACUCAAUCAAAAAUAAAUAAAAGCAAAGACCUCGAUUUUUCAAUAGGGAGAUCUUCAAAUAAAACUUCCUCAAUUUUAAUUAAAUCUGACCUUUCAGAAAAAUCCCUCCCAUCCCUCCUCCACGUACUGGAACGCCCAAAUUUGACCUCUCAAGUCACAGAAGAUAUUGGCAGUGUUUUUGCUAUUGACACUCAAAAUCUAGAAGAAGAUGAACUGCUUCAAAGCGGCAUCAUUGAAGGCACCCCUCCUCCUAAAUCAGCUGACUCAAUGGAACAAAAAGAAAAAGAAAUCCAAGAGCUUGAAGAAAAACUUAAAGAAAUUUCGGAAGAAAAUGAUCAAAUUGAAGCGUCAAUUUCUACAGCAAAAGCAAAUAUAACAGCAACGUCGCAGAGUUUAAAGCAACUUAAAACUGAUAAUGAAAACUUAAAGAAAGACCUUGAGCAAAAGCAUAGGAUGGCUACAGCACUUGGCUUUGUGCAAUUUGAUAUGAGCAUUUUCCUGAUGUGAGCUUUGGGUAUUUUUGGUGAAAUUUUUUACUCAUAAUAAAUUUGAUAAAAUUUUAACUUUUUUUUCGAGCAAUUGCCCUAUGGAAAAGCUAAAACCAAAUUCAAAGAAAUGCCACAUGAGUAAAAAUCUUAUCAAAUGAUUGGAGCACAGCACUUACAGAAGGAAACUCUACAAAGCUUGAAGAAGAAAUAAAAGAUCUAGAAGGUAAGCUUGAAUUAAUGGAAAAAGAAUGAAACGAGUACAAAGAGCCGAUUUUGGAAGAAAUUAAAGAAAAAGAAAUCCAGACUGAAAAGCUGAAAGAAAGCUACAGUGAUAAAAUCGAAGAAAUUAAACAGAUGAAAGAAGAAAUGAGAGAAAUGGCAGAAGAAGCAGAAGAUAAAGAAGAGUUGUUAGAAAUUCUGAAGCAGGAAGAAGCAAAAGGAACGUCAAGCAUUAAUAGAAAUACUUAUGUUAAAAGGAUCACAGAAAUUGUGGAAAAAUUAAAAAGACAGAAAAAAGAUAUGACGAAAAUUGUGAAAGAUAUAACACAGAUGCAGAAGAGCGUGGAAUUAACUAGAGAAGCAUUGAAAAGGACUGAUGCUGCAACUGAGGAUUUAGUGUUUCAAGAAGCGAAGAAAAAUUCAGCUGCCAAAGUUAUUUAUAAACUUUUGGUAGAUUUAAGAGAAAGCUAUGCGGCAUUGAUAAGGAAUGUUGAAGACCAGUUUAGACUUCAGUCAAAAAUGAGUGAUUUGGAAAUCAGAAUUGAGUCUGCGAUAUCUAGAAAUGCUAAGCAUGAUAUUAAUCAGCUUAGACAAGAUUUAGAAAAAAUCAAAGCAGAACAGCAAUAA